AUGCACUUAUCGGGUUGGAUUGACUUCUGCCAACAUAUAUACACAUCAUCUGUUUUAGCAGUCCUUCUGACAGUUCACGUUGACAAAUCCAUACACAUAGAUGCUCAACCAUCACGUGUAAUUCGAAUUAAAGAGAAUAUACCAGCUGGAACAGUUAUCAUUCCAGAUGUGAUCAAUUUUUUAGGCGGUAGAAGUUAUUCCUCAGUGGAUAAUUAUGAUCUGCAGAAAGAUAGAAAAGUUGAUCAUUUACUUGCAAUAGGCAAUUCAGUUAUGCAGGGCGCUAACUGGUUUGCAAUUGAUGACGUAAAAAAGAGUUUGUAUAUUAAAACACCACCUGACAGAGAUAUUCUUUGUCCAAGUGAACAAAAAUUGCCAGAAACAGCUGUUUCUAUAGCUCAUGGUGGUAUAGAGUUCCCAGAGUAUAAUCUUAACCCAGGAUCAAAGUACAACCUACAGAUUGCUAGCAACAAUGUGGAUAAUAAUGACUGUAUCAUAAAGCUGUCAAUAAUACAUGGAUCAUCUGCCAACCCUUCAUUUGAUAUGCUUACAGUAAUCUUGGAGGAUAUCAAUGAUCAUGCACCAAGUUUUAAGGAAAUUCAAAAUAAUAUGGACAGUAAAACAAAUGAAUUCAUAAUUAGUGUACCAGAAACACCUAGACUGAUUGAUAAGAAAGAUGAUGGAAGUAUUAAGCAUAGGAUAGAGCAAAGACCAGUGAGAAUUCUACUACCAACUGCUAUAGAUCCUGAUGAGGGGGUAAACGGUGUUAAGGGAUAUCGAUUAGAAGGUGAGGAUGCCUUUCUUUUCCGACUUGAAAUAGGCCCAGCAAUAGAUACUGAUAUCAGUCAUCGAGUUCACAAAGAAUUUCAUCAAGUUGGUUUAUUUCAAGAUCAUAAAACCAAUCGAUUAUGGCUAGUGCCUACCGGCAACAGUAUCGGAGGGGGAGGAGGUACUGAUGCUUUAAAUAUUGGUGAAUUGGAUAAAGAACAACGUAGUGAAUAUCACUUUGUCCUAAUUGCUUAUGAUGGUGGUUCACCUUCAAGAAUGGGAAAACUUCCGAUCGGACUGAUUGUUGAAGAUGUUAACGAUCAUGCACCUGAAUUCAAUCGAGAGUUUUACACGGGAAGAAUGUCAGAGACUGAUCCAGGAGGUCAUGUAAUCUUUGAAUUUUCUGCCAGAGAUAAAGAUAAUACAAAAGAGAACGGUAUUGUAAAAUUUCGUCUCCCUGGCAAAGCGACCAUAGCCAAACGAGAAAGGAUCAGUCUUUCUGAGAGUCAGUUGGCUGCUGCGGAACUUUUUUCAAUAGAGUAUUCUUUUGAUAAACCUGGUGAUCUGAUAAAUCUACAAGAUAAUCUUCAGAACAGUACCACUUACGGUCGGCUAAUUGUUAGACGACAGUCGAAAGAAAAAAUUCAGAUAGCUGCUUCUAAAGCUAUUGCAAUCGCUCGACAAAAUCAAAUCUUGGGGGGUUCAAAAUCAAUCUCAAAUUUCCCUGUUCAACAGACACACACCAAUGAAAUAUCUUUAAAUAGUGACCAACUUCAUUUCGUCAUAGAGGCUUACGACAAUGCACCAACACCCUUAGUAACAAGAGUACCUGUGAUCGUUCUUAUUACAGAUGUCAAUGAUCAUGCUCCACAGAUUUUUAUUUCCUAUCUUCGACCUACACGUCCACUAACUCAGGUAAAACUAUACAAUAAUGAGAGACGACAAAUGUGGGGUAAAGUUACUGAGAACUUGGACAGAGCAAUGAUAGCACAAGUUACUGUUACAGACAAAGACGCAACUUUCUCAAACUCAGAUGUCGUCUGCAGGACAAACGAUAGUCGUUUCUCACUUGAAGAGAUAGUCAAUGGUAUAGACCGACCCGAAGAUCUCUCCUCUUAUUGGAGUAGAAAUAAUUUUUAUGGAUCUAGUAAUCUUGACUCAAAAUCUCAUCAGCUGGAUUGGCAAGCGACAAGUAAACCACUGACAAAAAUGUACAAAUUGAUGUUGGUGUCUUCAUUAGACAGGGAAUCCAAUGAUAUAAAGACAUCACUUUUAAAAUUUUCAAUCAUUUGUGUAGAUAACCAACACAAUGAAUUGCCUGGCGGUUCACUGACUUCACAAACAGAUGUAUUCCUUGAAAUCGAAGAUGCGAAUGAUAAUCCUCCUGUAUUUGAUCACACUGAGUAUACAUUCCAUUUGCCGGAAAACUAUCCUAAAGUCAAAUCAGAGCAUAAUCUAAAUCAUUUAGAAAAUGAUCGAUACACUAUUGGUAUGGUACACGCCAGUGACAAAGAUGAAGGUGUUCAUGGGAAUGUUGAAUACAAAUUGGUUUCUAACCCGACCGGUUCAAUACAAAUUGAUCAAUUUAGUGGAGUGCUUUAUGCUACUCAACCAUUUGAUCGUGAAAUUAUGAAUGAAAUUGUAUUUCAAGUGAUCGCAAUAGACUGUAUACUCCAGAAUGGAACCAAGGAGCGACAGUGUGACCCAACUAUGCGACUUACAGGAUCUGCGAAUAUUCGUGUCAUCAUUGAUGAUCUUAACGACUGCCCGCCAAUAUUUCAGGAGACUAAUUACCACUUUGAAGUUGAAGAAGGAUUGGAUCUUGUAAAAGUUGGACAAGUUUUUGCAGUUGACGCUGACCAAGAUGAAGCAGCACGUAUCGUCUAUCGACUGGCUGUAGGAAUUAAUAACCGCUUUAAAGAACCAAUAGUUGAUGGAAAUAUAGCAGAACAAGUUGCAAAGACGUCAGCUAAUCAGAAUCUUUACGAUGAGGCCCUUGAGAUCACAACUCACUUUCAAAUUGAUCCACGAAGUGGGCUUAUUCACUUAAAGGGAAGAUUGGAUCGCGAAAGACGAGCUCAUUAUGAGUUCAUUGUGCUGGCACUGGACAACCCUAGGGCUAUCCCAACAAAAAUAGCCGGAUACCACCGACAAACAGGAAGUGAGGUUAUCCAGUUUACAGCCACUGCAACUGUUCUAAUAACUGUGUUAGAUCAUAAUGACAAUCCUCCAAGAAUACUCAGUCCUCUGAACCAUGUAGAAUUCAUGUUAAGCCCAGACCAGCUGAUCGCAGGAAAUACGAUAUUUACUAUUCGUGCGACAGAUCCAGACUUAGGUGAGAACGGUACCAUUGAAUUCAGACUACUUCAAGUAGAAGAUGACCUUGGUUCAUGGAUAUCUAGUGACUCUGCUCAAAGAAGUGUACAAACGAAUCAUGAAAAUACCACAGAUCCAGAUGUACAAUUCGAUCAAGGUCAUAAAGCGCUAGAUACCAAGGAUUUAAAUGAUGUUUAUCCAUUUGCUAAUGAUAACAAAAGAAUAUCGACAAAUAGGAAGAUUAGAAGCUCAUCAGAGUUUAUUAUCCCCAGUGAACAUGAAUCUGGACCAGAUGCUAAGGCUGGAACAUGGACAACAUCAGGACAGGCUAGAAUAUCUGACAGAACAAUGGUUGUGAUUUUAUCAAGUGUGUUUGUGCUACUCCUGUUGACAACUAUUGUCCUACUACUCCUUGUUCGCUAUAGGCGUUUGCUGAUAAGAAAUAUUCCACUAGAACAAAGUUUCACCUGUGACGGACCUGACUCAAAGGCGAACGAAGGAUUUGCAGCAGGUAAACCACUGAGUCAAAGUCAAAACAAUUUGAAUGGUUAUAACGGAUUUUUCGGUGAAGUAGUUACGGCCCCUUGGGUUCGUGGUUCAACAUCUCCAAUGGCUUGUGCAACGCCAUACAACUAUCCAACUAUUUACAAUACAGGUGUAAGUCGUUCCAGAGGGUGUAUUGUUAACCCUAAUGCUUGUUGGUCACCGACAACCACUUUGUGUAAGUCUCCCAUCUCUAAUCAUGAAAGUCAACGAAGGCUUAUGCAAACACCCACUUCAAUGUGUCAUACAUCACCAACGCAUACAUUUAGACUGCUGCCAACAUUCACUGGUGGUUGUGGUGGUGAGAGUGGUCGCUUAUUCGACUCACCUGCUUUGGGUGUUAAUUCAGCCUUUCCUGGCUUCCAUGGAGGAUUUGUUUUACAAAACUACACUAUGAGGGAUGAUAACAAUGAAGACGAAGAUCAUCGGUCAUUUCCGGAUACAGCACCGAAUAAUCAGGUCAGUAACAAAACUCACUUACAAAGUAGUGAUGAGAAACAACAAAACCACCAAAUUCCUAUGUCAGAUCAAAUAUUUUCAAAGUCAGUGGCUAACAAUCUUCACUGUCAGAGUAAACUGCCUGAGACAGAGAUAACACAAUCAUUUUCAUCACUGAAACGAACUGCUAUCAGUCUUGAAGAGUUAAAUGAUUACAAAGACGAAAUAAACUCUCGGAAUUACAGUCGUUUAGUACGCUUUCAACUGGCGCAAGAUGAACUGUUACCCAAUAAUCCUGUCAACUGUGUACCAGUGCCAUCCAGAAGUGAAUAUCAAACACUAACGUCAUUUCAUCGUGAUGAAGAAAAAUGCUCACAAAGAAACAUUCCACUUUUUCCCAAUUGGAUAAAACACAAUCAAGAGGAACCUAAUGAAUCCUUUGCAAAUCCAUAUGAUCAGCUGAACUGUAAACUUCAAUUUAAACCAGUAAAAUCUAAUAACACUUUUAAAAUCAACCAUACUACUCAUAAUAGUAGUAUACUUCAAGACUUUUUCCAAUUGCAACCGUUAACACAGUCUCAGCACUCAGAAGGCAGUAAAACGGCACUACCACAUGACGACAAUGUAUGUAAACUUGAUGAUCUCUACUUAUCCACAGUAAAAACAAAUGUGACCAACCAUAAUGACAUAGACUUUAUGCCAAUGAAUAAGAUGGUUAAUAAAUUGAACAAAACAAAUACCUUGAAAGUUGGUGGAACAACAAAUUAUCCUACAAGUGAAUGUGGAAAUAAUUUGUCUAACUUCAACCAAGUGAAUAACGAAAUUACCAGUAAUAGUAACAACAACCACAGUAGUAGCAAUGAUAAAUCACCAGUUAAACUGAUUGAUGAUAAAAAGACAAAAUCUACUCGUCAAAAUAAAGUAGUCACCUUGAUUUCACCCAAAAAAGAGUCAUCAGUCAUAAUGAAUGAAACAAACUGUUUUUUUACAGAUAAAGGGACCGGAGUUGUAAACAAAUCUUUAAAUACAGAAGGAAGUUUUGUUUAA